GUUAUAGGAUGACAGGGUGUAGUGCUCCAAACUGUGUGAACAGCUAUCGGAAAGGAUUCCGUCUGCACUCCUUUCCAAGAAAUUCUGAACGAAGAAAAAGAUGGGCAAUAAACAUGAGGCGAAGGAAUAAGAACGGGGGUGCGUGGGUGCCUCCUACACAUGCAAGGCUUUGCGACGCGCACUUUGAGGAGUGUCAGUUUGAAACAGGCAGAAAAGAUGGGUGGAAAAAGCUAAAACUAACUGCCAUACCAACUCUGUUUGAUGUCCCAAAUCCUCCUAAGAAGUUUGCAACGCAAAGAAGGGUGCUAACGAGGAACACUGACAUACCAGAGAUAUCUCCAUUAUUAGCGACACCUAAAA